CCACGUGUCCGUCCCUCCUCUUCCUUCACUCUUCCCUCUCCUUCUUCCUCUUCUUCAUCUUCUGCAAACCCUAGAAAUGGUAAUGUUCCACGGAAGCUCUCGGUCCUCUCCCUCUCCCCUCUCUCAUUUCUGAAGCAGUGGUAGCAAUUGGCCGAGAAUGGCGCUCUCGGUGAAGCCAUCGUCGAGGUACAGCUCCUACGACUCGCGAUCCUCCACCUCCUCCCACUUCUCGGACCCGUCAUCUUCCGCGGAGCUCAAAUGCCCCGUGCUGGCUUCAACCGCGGCCUCCCGUGCCCUCGCCAAGCCCAAGCCCUCCGACAUCUCCCGGGCCAAGCCUCAGAACCUGACCGCGAUGGUGAAGAACCUCAUGUCCAAGACCAAGUCCGGCAGUGGAUCGUCCAACAAGGCGAUGAGGCUGGUCAUACCUCAGGAUACGAUCGCGCAGGACCUGAAGAAGACGGCGAGGAAGCAGGGGUUAGGGAUGGGGUUCAAUGAGCUGCCAAGGAAGCUGUUUGGGGUUGACAAGAAGGAGAAUAAGAAGAACAAGGAUGUUAAGGCGUUGACUGAUCUGAAGGGGAAUGGAAACGGGAACGCAAGGACCUUGGCGAUGGUCCUGAGGAGCGAGAGAGAGCUUCUGAGCUCCAAUAAGGAGCUGGAGAUGGAGAUCGCCGAGUUCAAGUUGAUGCUUGAGCAGAAGAACAAGGAGGUUGAGAAGUUGAAAGAUCUGUGCUUGAGCCAGAGGGAAGAAAUCAAGUCGUUAAAGAAUGCGGUCCUUUUCCCGGAUGUGAUGAACAAUCAGGUUCAGGAGCUAUUAGAAAGGCAGGGAUUGGAGCUUAAGCAAGCAAAGCAAAUCAUCCCUGCCCUCCAGAGACAGGUCACUUCUCUCACGGGUCAGCUCCAAUGUAUCGCAGAGGAUCUUGCUGAGGUGAAGGCUGAUAAAAAUUCUGCUGGGACUCCAUUUCAACACCAUAGCAGCUCUCCAAGGACACCGGUGUUUGACCAUGAGGAGGCUGCUAAUUCUUUGGAGUUCAGCUCGGCAGAUGCAACAGCACCUGGUAGCCCGGAUGACUUGUUCUUGAAGGACUUGAAUCCUUGUUUGACUCCACAUAGUACAAAGAUAAAAUCCAAGGAAUUUGAAGCACUAAACUACGAUUCUCCAAGUUAUGAUGAUGAUGACAUGUCUAAUAAGAAGAGCCAAACAUUUCAUGGAACCGGUUUCAAGUCAUACAGUAAGAAGUUAUCAAAGAGUUCCGACUGUUGCCAGAACUCUGAUACAAGCAGCACUAUGUCUCGAAACGGUCAGAGAUCAGAUGAGAGUAAAUACACAUAUCGAAAGCCGAUGCGCCACAGAAUGUUCUGAGAUUUUGGUUGUAUGUUAUGCUGUACGGCGAGCGAGUUCUCAAUCUCUCUAGGUUUUCACCUGUGUAAAUGGCCUGGGGGAUCUGAUGAAACCUCUGGUCAAUGUAUGGAAUAUUUGCAUGUUUAUUAUCUCAUAAGCAAUUUUAGCUGGUA